AUGAGAUGUUCUCUGAAACCCCUCUGGACUUGGAAACUGAACAGGCCUUGGGUUUUAAUGAUCAGAAUUCCUGCUACUUCUUUGAGAAAAAUCCUGCUGGGGAGUGGUCUUGUAGAUGCUAUCAUCGGUGGUGGGGUUGAAGAUGAGCUCCUUCAGCCUCAGUUUAGUAUUGGAUUGAAAGGUGUCUCAGAAGAUGACAUUCACAAGGUAGAAGAAUUAAUCAUGAAUACUUUAAGAAAGCUGGCCGAUGAGGGUUUUGAUUCGGAUGCUGUGGAGGCAUCGAUGAAUACAGUUGAGUUCUCUCUCAGAGAAAACAAUAUUGGCUCAUUUCCUCGUGGCUUAGCAUUGAUGCUUCGUUCCAUGGGGAAAUGGAUAUAUGAUAAGGACCCAUUUGGGCCAUUGAAAUAUCAGAAACCUUUGAAUGACUUAAAAGCUAGAAUAGCCCAGGAAGAGUCCAAAGCUGUCUUUGCUCCUCUAAUAGAAGAAUUCAUCUUGAAUUCAUCUUUGAAGAGUUACCCGGAAUUUUUACAAGAUCUUGAAGAGAAAGUUUAUAAAAAUUGGCAAGAAAUAUCUUCUUCCCUCGAGGAGAUACGCAUUUACCAAAAUGGUUGCCUGAUAAAUCUGAUGGCUGAUGGGAAAAAUCUUGGGAACUCGGAGAAGCAUGUUAGAAAAUUUCUUGAUAUGCUUCUGAACAGUUUCCCAGUUGGAUCAGCUGCUUGGAGUGCUCGACUGCCCCUAAUAAAUGAAGCUAUAUUAGUACCUACUCAGGCUAGCAAACACUCUAUUUUUCUUGGUUUUCACCUCUAUGCAUUCCUUAGUCAAUUUCAUUAA